UGGUACACGGAAAGUAAAUGUUCUCUGUCAUUGGCAGAUGAUAGUAGUUUUCUGUCUUUUCUGGUUCUUUGUGUUCAGCUAAGAGCCAUUAAAAUAUUUGAAAACUAAUUAAGGAGUAUGUGAAAAUGUCCCAUCUGUUUGGAGGCCUCCUCCCACCCCCACAAGCAUAAAUGUUGGUGGGUCUGUUCCCUGUUUCUCUAGAUGACGCCCGUCACCCGUCAAGAAGUUCUUGGCCUUUAUCGCAAGAUAUUUCGCAUCGCCAGAAAAUGGCAAUCGGCAUCCGGCCAGAUGGAAGAGACCAUCAAAGAAAAACAGUACAUUAUAAAUGAAGCAAAAACGUUAUUCCUAAAGAAUAAAAAUUUAACAGAUCCGAAGCUGAUUAAACAAUGUAUAGACGAAUGCACAGCGAGGAUAGAGAUAGGACUUCACUAUCACAUCCCCUAUCCAAGGCCUACUCAUCUGCCUCCCAUGGGUCUCGCCCAGCAGCACGGCCGUACUUUUCGACAUCAAGAGAAGCUGAGGAAGCUUUCCAAGCCAAUCUACUUGAAAUCCCACGAUGAAAUUUCAUAAUCAAGACUGUUGCCUGUGUCAUCCCGGACUGCUUGGCAGAUUCCUUUCAUGCAUAAAUGAAACUGGUGUGGUUUGCACUUGCUGACAUCGCCCUCAAGGCCAGGGGCCCACUUGAUCCUGAGAAGGCGAUGAGUAAGGAUACAAUCAAACGGUCUUGUAUUUAUUAAGAGUCAGCAGAUGACUCACCAAUAAAGUCAGAUGAUUUAUGAUAGGAAAGGCAAAGUGUGAUGCGUCUUGCAUUGUAGGAGGAUAUAGCACCAUGCAGAAAGGGUCAAUAAUCUUCUGAAACCUAAAAUAUUGUUUUUCAAAGACUACAGCAGCAUGGUGUGGCAAGUAGAAAACACCUCUAGUAGACAACAGAAUGGUCUAGUUUGGGCAAUAUUUUCCCCGGCCUUUUUGCACAUGGCUGAGGAGUGAGAUUGUGCCUUCCAUUCCUACCCACUGGCGGCCCUAGUCUCUCUCUACAUCCUCAUGCAGAGCCAUAACUUGUGCAUAAAAUCCAACGCAUGGAGGUCUAGCCAGUGGGAGAUCCUGGCAUGUUUCAUGUGCGCCUAUUGGGAAGUAGAUGUCAGCCCACAAGCACUCAUUCAGCAUGUUACCCACCCAACUCAUUUUAAGGCUCUUGUGCCUUUGAUGAAGCACUCAUCAUCGGCUACUGUGCCCUAUGUUUGAAAAAGGACAGGGUUGAAAAACAUCAGCAAAGACAGAAAAUAACCCUCUGGCAAGAUGCCUCAAAUAGCCCUCCAAUUUGGACCAGGGUGGGAAACCUUUGACCCUACAAUAUUUGAGGGAACCACAACUCCCAUCACUCCUGAUCAUUGACCUUGCUGGCUGGAGCUGAUGGGAGUUGGGAGUCCAACAACAUCUUGAGGACCACAUGUUCCCCAUCCCCGGUUUAGGCCUCCCUUUCAAUGGAUUAUAAUUUUAAAGCAGGGAUACAGAUCCUGUGGCCCUCCAAAUGUUGUUGGACUCCAACUCCCAAUAGGCCCAGCCAGCAUAGCUGAUGGUCAGGGAUUAUGGGAGUUGUAAUCUAACAACAUCUGGAAGACCACAGAUUCCCUUGUUUUAUAGCUGAAGGUCUAACCUAGAUUUGCGUGUGGGUCAAAAUCUGGCCUGCUAUUAAGAACAUACUGUUCCAUGUCGGGAGAUGGUACCAGCCAAUUGUUAACAUAAACAGAACUCCAGACAAAGCAUGGAAUAAUCCACCUAAGGUUAGCAGGAUAGUGGUGUCUCUGGCCACCAUAGGAAUAAUGCAGGUCAGCCUGAGCUGUUUCAUUUGAAUGGGGUGAUGCGGUGAACAGCAGCUUAUGAACACUUCUUCAAGUGUUUUGUGUUCUUGGUAGCAACUUGUGUCAACAGGGUAUGACUCAAGUAAGAAACCUUUUUCUUGUAAAUGACUUGAAAGCACAACUUUUAUCCCAUCAGAGAAUUCUACAAGGUAGAAAUGCAAAGUCCUCUUCUUUUAUCUCUGUUAAGGCUGAAUUGUUUCUUGUGUUGUAUUUGUGGAAACGUCAUUGUAAGAGGCCUGAGUUACUCUUCCCCAGAAUGUGUAGCUUCAGUCAUUGCACAUGUCCUCUAAAAUGUGUCCAGCCCAUUCACUGCUUGAGAUAUAUGUUGUCCAUUAACCACAGACAGCUGUGCAGAGGGUUCCCCCCCCCUUUGAAUAUCCAUCUUUUGAAUUCUGGGCUUAAAGGAACUAAAAGCUUGAAUAUCCAAAGUAUAUAAAUAAGGCAAGUGAGCUGGUGCAAUGAGGUAUUGCGUGGCCUAAUUAGCUGAGUCAAUAUUACUAUCUGGUUAUGGCAAAAGCUCAGGGGUAGAACACCCAGUUCUGCAAGCAGCUCACUAGAUGGCCCCAGGCAAUCAGAAAAGGGUCUCUCCAACAUUCAUGAAUUAAACAGCAUCCAAACCAGCUGACUCCUGGGAAAAUGCAACUUGGUUUUAAAAAAGAGCAACAACAAAACCGAGCCCCAACAAUAUACACCUUUUCAGCUUUUGAAAUUUGAUCAGGGCGUCUUGAAAUUGCUGCUCUUUGAAAACCUGAAGUUAUUACACCUACGAUCCCCUUUCAAAGCAUUUUGCGCUUCUUUGAGAAAAGACUCUGCAUAAGCAGAAAACAGUUUCACGGAGUUAAUUAAAGCUUCCACAGGAGAAGGCUGGAAGGUAGAGCCCAGCAGAAAGUGCAUACCUAAAAAGAGGAGCUGCUGCUGCAGGCUCCCCCCGCCCCCACUCCUCGGAGGGGCAAGGCUGGUUUCCCCACACUGUCUGUCUUGUGCCUCACACCCCCCACACUUCAAGUGGACACUUCAAGUCCCUUCUUUAUGUUUUUCCCCAUGAGUAAGGGUUACAGCAUUUGGGGCAUUUUAGCUCAUCAAAAAAUCAAGGACAUAAUAGAAGUGGAUACAAUUGUGCAUCAUGAGGAGAAAAUGGACACGGACAAACCUUUCUUCCCCCUCAUAAUACUAGAGCCAAGGAAUCAGCCAGUGAAACCGAAUGCUUGACAAUGCAGUGUCUUCCAUAGUUCAUCUGUGCACAAUAGGCUAUUGGCACAACAGCGCCCUCCCCACUUGUGAUUCCCAGCAGCUGGCACUGAGUGGCAGACUGCCUCUGGCAGUGUGGAGCAGAACACAGCCAUCACGGCUAGCAGUCAUUGAUUGCCUUAUCCAUCAAAUCCAUCAGCCUUUGUUUUUAGGCAAGUCCAUAUGUCCUCCGAUAUUUGGGGAACACCAUCGCUCACCAUAGCUUUGCAUGCAGAAGGUUCCCAGGGUCAAUCUCCAGCAGAAGGUGAUAAGAGAGAGCUCCCAUUUGAGGAGCUGCUGCCUUUCAGAGUAGUAGAAACAAAAUUAAAAAAUUCCUUCCAGUAGCACCUUAGAGACCAACUAAGUUUAUUAUUGGCAUGAGUUUUCGUGUGCAUGCACACUUCUUCAGAGUAGGUAACUGCGUUAGGCAGAGAUAUACUCUAACCUGGUCAAAGGCAGCCUUCCUAUACAAUUGGCAAACCAAGCAGGCCACAUUCCAAGUUUUUCAACCUUGGCACAAGACAAUUUCCCUGGAAGCAGAUGCUCUGCCAUGUGUCUUUCCAUCCUUCUGCAUGUCUUCCUUGCUGCUCGAGAUACAAUUAUUCAGACAUGCAGCCUAUGUGUCAUAUUUGACUCAUCCUCUUCUUCCUUCUACAUCCAAUCCAGUCAUUUCUUCCUGUCCAACUGACUACAAUAAUAGUGUUUCCCCUUUGAAGUUGUUCCUUAUCUAUCCUACUGCUUUCUAUGCUGCUGUGGGUGUCUGUCCCAUACUAAAUAAAUGAAAAGGUGUGUGUGGGUGGGUGGGUGCACGCUGACUAAUCAAACAGCAACAUAAAGGGGGAGGGGAGCAAUAAAUAAAUAAAAACCAAAGGUGGCAGACUUAAAUAAACUUUGUGAUGCCCAAAAAUCUGUGUUCCCCUCACAGAGCUGCCAGCUCCAGAGUUCUCUAUGAAGAGGAACUAACCACUCUUAGCACCCUUAAUAACUCCAGUGCCCAGGAUUUUAGAGGGGGAAGUCAUGACUGUGUAAAUAGGUAUGAUACUGCUUUAAAUGUAUGGUGCAGAUGGGGCCUAAAACCACAAGAUUAACAUCUGAGGCAGAGAGGGGAAGGCAGAGGGCAAGGAAGACGUUACAUAGGAAUGGAUGGAUUAUGAAAUCACAGAAUCAAAGAAUCAUAGAGCUAGAAGGGAAUAAAGGGUCAUCUAGUUCAACGUCCUGCAAUGCAGGGGCUCAAACCCAUGACCCUGACCUGAAAAUGAAAGCCAUGGUAGGAACUGGGGAAAGCCAGAAGCGAAGUUGAAUGAAAUGCCAAGGCAAAGAGUUCAGUGAGAGAUCUGGCAGUGGUGCCUUUCGCUUCCUCUUUCUGGGAGCACCCUCCUGAGUCACCCUGAGAGCAAACGGGUUGCUGUGAGUGUGGCUGUUAGAACAGGGGAAAGGAAGGGCCCACUUCUCAAUCCUCAAUACAAAAUGGCUCGACCCAAGAGAGAAAGCAAACUGAGAGCAAAGCAGAGAGGACCUCCAGACCAUCACUAGUUUGGGGUGAGAUUCAGCCACAUCCCAGCAAAUCCUGGUUGUGCAGUCGAAGGCGAUUGGGAGGCCUUGCACAACAAACCCACUCCCCCCCC